ACACUGGCAACGUUUUACAUCCGGGAUUCUGGAAGUUAAAAUAAAGGUCGUUCAUUUCAACCUUGCUUUGCUUUGGCAGUUCUAUCCACUUCAAUCUGUACCAGCAGACCAGUCAGACGUUCAAUUUUUUGUUUCAAGUCGAAGACAAGAAGAAAAUUUAUUAAAAAUGCCUUUCAGCGCCAAAAGUUUCGCCCAGGAUCUUGCUGUCGGUGGCACAGCCGCGGCUAUUUCCAAAACCAUCGUCGCCCCAAUUGAAAGAGUAAAACUUCUGCUCCAAGUUCAAGCCGCUUCCAAACAAAUUGCCGUUGAAGAUCAAUACAAGGGGAUCGUGGACUGCUUCGUUCGAAUCCCGAAAGAGCAGGGCAUGAUCUCCUUCUGGAGAGGUAACAUGGCAAACGUUAUUCGUUACUUCCCAACCCAGGCUCUUAACUUCGCUUUCAAGGAUACAUACAAGCAAAUUUUCUUGGCCGGCGUUGACAAAAAGAAGCAAUUCGGUCGCUACUUUCUCGGAAAUCUUGCUUCAGGUGGUGCUGCUGGUGCAACUGGGUUGUGCUUUGUCUACCCACUUGAUUUUGCCAGAACAAGAUUAGCUGCUGACGUUGGCAGCGGCAAAGGUCGUGAAUUCACUGGUCUUGGUAACUGCAUUACUACCAUUGCAAAGCGAGAUGGUGUCCGUGGUCUUUACCAAGGUUUCCUUGUCUCAAUCCAAGGUAUCAUUGUGUACCGUGCCGCUUAUUUCGGUACCUAUGACACUGUUAAGGGAAUGCUCCCAGACCCCAAGAACACGCCAAUCAUUGUAAGUUGGGCCAUUGCGCAAGUUGUCACCACUGGAGCUGGAAUUUUGUCGUACCCAUUCGACACUGUCCGACGACGAAUGAUGAUGCAGUCCGGAAGAGCAAAGGAGGAUCUGAUGUACAAGGGCACCAUCGACUGCUGGAGAAAGAUCAGGCAGCAGGAGGGAGGCAAGGCUUUCUUCAAGGGAGCAUUCUCCAACAUCUUGAGAGGCACAGGAGGAGCUUUGGUGCUUGUCCUCUACGAUGAAUUGAAGAAUCUCUUCUUUGGAACCUCCGUUCACUAAAAUCAUGAACAUUUUUGUGGUUUAAAUAUUUCUUCUAUUAUGUAAUGCUUUAUUCCAAAAAAUAUGAUCCACUUAAGUGAAGUUUUUCCUUCAUAGACAACUUAUCUUGCUCUUUUGUGAGGUUUUAUCAUUCUCUCUUUAGAAAAUUCACCCUUAACUUAUAAUUAUGACUCAAGUUUACGAUUUUCGUGUUGAAAACUUAGCGAAAUUGCCCUGUUGUUGUUACAACAGAGUCGGUCAUUUUGUGUUGUGCAACGUUGCUGUUCAUAUUUUUCCUAAUAAAUUAAUUCGGAACCGGUAAAA